AUGUGUGUAGAGUCUGCACACAGUCGAAACGUCUCAGUCUGGCUUGGCCGUCAACUGGGGCUUGUCAGUGUCCGAGGUCACGAGGCUGAACCGCCGAGGCGGAACUGCCACGUGUCCAAAAGGCCAGUUCUUUAUCCGAGCCUCCAGGCCCUCUGGGAUUCGGACCGGCAUUUUCGUCUGGCUGGUGCUGAGCCAAACAAAGCUUCCGCUCCGCGUUAUCACUUUUGCAUGAACGGACUCGGCAAUGGUUGUCGGGGCGAAUGGGAAUUCAGUCAAAAGUCGUCAUCCACCGAGUCGUUGAGGUCAGUUUACCCGCCUCCCGACGUGGCAUAG